AGUGUUCGAUUACAACUUGCACCCGUACACUGAGCUGGUUCUCUGUGCCCAUCCCCCUCUACGACCACCAUGGGCCUCUUCCGCCGCAAGAAAGAGGAUAGCGAUGGGAACAACAAUAAUGCAGUAAAGAAAGAGAAGGGCAGUUGGAGGAGGCCUGCCAAUACCGCUUUCAAGCAGCAACGUUUGAAGGCAUGGCAGCCGAUCUUCACUCCGAAGACUGUACUACCCACCUUCUUCGUCAUUGGACUUAUCUUCGCACCUAUAGGUGCAUUGUUGAUAUGGGGGAGUGGAAAGGUUUCCGAAAUGACAUUCGACUACACAGAUUGCGAAACCUUGACACCGUCGCCAUCAGCCGACCAGUUGCAGUUCAGUGAUAUGAGUGACUUCAACUACCGGCUCAAGUCGGGCUCAACAGACGCACCCUUCACGACACCACAGUUUGCUUUCCUGAAUCGCUCAGACGACUCCAAUGUCCCCAUCGCCGAACGUCAACAAUGUUACAUCCAAUUCGAUGUCCCCAUUGACCUUGAUCCCACUGUGUUCCUAUACUACAAGCUCACGAACUUCUAUCAAAACCAUCGACGAUACGUGAAGAGCUUGAAUUCGGAUCAACUCAAGGGCAAUCAUGUUAGCGUAGGAACCCUGUCGGGCGGAGACUGCAAGCCUCUUGAUGUCAUUAAUGGCAAAGCAGUCUAUCCUUGUGGGCUGAUCGCCAACUCUGUCUUCAACGACACGUAUUCACCGCUCAACUUGACGACUGAUUCUGCUACGACUUACACAUUCUCCGAGUCAGGAAUUGCUUGGCCAGGAGAGGCCGAUAAAUAUGCCGUUGCCCCUGAUUAUAACCUUGACGAGAUUGUCCCUCCGCCGAAUUGGGCUCUCAGAUUCCCGAACAAUUAUACUGAGGACAACCCACCUCCUAAUCUCAAGGAGGACCAGCACUUCCAGAACUGGAUGCGAACAGCGGGUUUGCCUACAUUCACAAAGCUAUGGGGUCGUAAUGAUAAUGAUCCACUGCCGAGGGGCAGAUAUCAAAUAAUUGCUAACCUGAACUAUCCUGUGCGAUCGUUCAAGGGACGCAAAGCUGUCGUCAUCUCCACAGUGUCGUGGAUAGGUGGCAAGAAUCCUUUCUUGGGCUGGGCGUACGUUGCUACGGCUGCCUUAUUCGUCCUUCUCGCUGUUCUGGGUACGAUUAGACAUAUGAUCAAGCCAAGGUCGGUAUUUAUGGCUGUCCCAACUUAUUCAUCUUCUCACAUCAACUUUUCCCCGUAGGAAAUUGGGGGAUAUGUCACUGCUGUCAUGGAAUCGUCAAUGAAGGACAUUCGCUGUGCAUUGUAUGUAUUUAUCAGACUCUACUCUAUUGUAUUACGUCGUUCAGGAGGAUUGGUAUAAUGGAAGAAGGAACUCUACACAUUGUGCUUGACGUAUCGUUUAACUUUAUCCUCGAGGUAUAUCAUGAUUGGAGGCGUUUUCACGCCGAUUUUUUAAGGC